CCAAAGGAGACGGAUGGGAUAAUGAUGGUUUCGGUCCUUUCUAUUGUGAGGCUUCUAAACCUGAUCGAGAUGUUACAAGGGUUACUACAUUUUUCCAACGAAGUGAUGCUAAAUUCAUAUCAAGUAAUGGAUUGUUUACAAAGACAGUUAAUGUGAAUGACACCGGAGUGAGGAUCAGCAUGACUAGGCGUUAUAAUGCUGAAGCGACUGGCAACGUAAUUACUUGGAUGAAAGAUGGCAUUGAGGUUCUUACAUCAGUCAAUGGGCGGACUCAGAUCAGCUUCCCAACCCCAAUCCAGACAUCAGAUCAAGGAUUCUAUGAGAUCUACUAUGAUAACGAGAGGAAUCAAAAUAGAGGUGGACUAUACAGACUCAUCGUCAGAGAAUGCCCUGCUGGUAAGUGGGGUCCCCCUGAGUGUUAUGGUAUAUUUGAUAAAUGCUACAAUGGCGGAGUCUGUGAUGACAAGUCUGGUCUAUGUAUCUGUCCUAACAACUUCAAGGGACCAAAUUGUUUAGAAAUUUGUAGAACUAAUGGUGGAAAUCGAUUUGGAUUGAACUGCGAGCAUCAAUGUGCAUUUAGCGAAGAUCCUACCACACGAUGUCAUGGGUUUCUUUUUUGCCUUCCUGAUCCUUACGGAUGUUCAUGUGACGUCGGUGCCCGUGGUCUUGCAUGUAGGACACUAUGUACUGGUGGUACAUAUGGUCCAGGAUGUUCACAGACAUGUCACUGUGCAGGUGGUGGUUCAUCAUGUGAUAUCUAUAGUGGAAUAUGUACAGGUGGAUGUCAGACUGGCUGGUCUGGGGACAACUGUCAAAUUCCAGAUGAUUGUGAAGACGGCUACUUUGGAUCUCAAUGCACUGAUAAAUGUCGUUGCUUAAAUGAUGAACCAUGUGAUAAAGAUACUGGAGAGUGCCCUGAGCAGAAGUGUGCUCUAGGAUACAAUGUACACAGUGGCCAGAUCGAAUGUGAAGAGUGUGAAGCGGGUACAUUUGGUUUAGAUUGUCUUCAGCAAUGUCAUUGUGCACCGGAGGCCUGUGAGAAGCGGAGAGGUCUUUGCAAGGGACAAUGUAUUGAUAGCUGGAUUGAACCGUACUGCAGUCAAAGAAUAACAAGAUGUUAA